UUAUCCUUAGACCUGAUAGAUCGUGGAGUGUACUCAUAUAUAUAUAUAUAUAUGAGUUGUACAGCUUCCACUUGAUCCGUAUCGAAGUUUUCUGGUGAAAUAGAAAUGACAUUGUUUAACCCAAAAAGAAAAAGGGAGGAAAGGACUAUUUAUGCUCCAUACGAUAAAAUAGGGAUGACUUUGAUUCAGAACCCCAACUUACGGGACUAUUUUAGGCGUUUUCUAUAUAAGGUUUAAAAUGACCCGUUUGUUUUCUUGAUGAUUAGGGAUUCCGGAUUUUGAGCACGAUUAUUCUCUCAGACAAACCCUAAAGCUCGAGAAAUUGAAGCAAUAAUUCUAAUGGAUUCUUCUUCUUCAUCAUCUCAGCAAAAUCAAUAUGGUUACCCUCCUGUUGCUGCAUCACAACAACCUUAUGACCCAUCUCGUCCUUCCUAUUACUCCAAUUAUCAAUACCCACAUCAACAGCAUCACAUGUAUCAACAACAACAACAGCAGCAGCAGCAGUAUCAACAACCCCAGCAACAGCAUUCGUCGUAUUACCGUCCUAAUUAUCCAAAUCCAUAUCCACAACAACACCCACAAACCCAUCAACGAUGGCAUUAUCAAGAACCCCCAAUUCAUCCACCUGGGGUUUCAAUGGCAUCACAUGGGCAAACACAGUAUCCGUUACUGAAUCAGCAGAAUACUUAUCAUUUGCCCCAAAGGACAGACGGGGUUGGGCUAGGGUUGAACCCUCAGGCGUCUGUGGCCGUCGCAGGGUUGGCACAGUUGAACCAGUUAGCUGGUGCUGUCGGUGCACCGCAAGGGCAGAGUUGGUAUCCCCAGCCUCAAGGGUUUGGACCCGUGAUUGGCGGGCCGGGUAUUCAUACGGGUCCGGGUCUUGGAUCUGCUGCAUUUCCUGGCCCAUCUGGAUCGCGUUCUCAUGCUGGUCAAUCAUUAGAUAAGGGUGGUGGUAGAAGGAGGGAUGGCGGUAGGAGGAGGGAUGGUGGUAGGAGGGGUGAUGGUCAGAGCAUGGGUGGUGGUAGGAGGAGGGGUGAUGGCCGGAGCAAGGAUGGUGGUAGGAGGAGGGGUGAUGGUCAGAGCAAGGAUGGUGGUAGGAGGGGUGAUGGUGAGAGCAGGGUUGGUGGUAGAAGGAGACGUGAUGGUCAGAACAAAGAUGUUGGUAGGGGUAAAUUUAUGUGUGAAAUGUGCAAGGUUGAUUGUGGUUGUCCAGGCAUCCUUAGGAUGCACUUGAAUGGAAAGCGGCACAAAAGGAACUUGGAAAAAUUGGAAGCAAAUGAAAACAAAACUGUUAGCGAUGUCAAGAAUGUGCAGGAACCUUCUGCUGAUUUAGAAUCAGGAACAGCCAUGAAGUCUGAUAACUUGCUUGUGGAAGAUGAGACUAAGGGCCGAACUGUUAGCGCUACCGAGAAUGUGCAGAAACCUUCUGGUGAUUCAGAACCAGCAACAGCAGUGAAACCUGAUAACCUGCUUGUGGAAGAAGAGACCAAGGGCCGAACUGUUAGGGAUAUCGAGAAUGUGCAGAAACCUUCUGGUGAUUUAGAACCAGGAACAGCCGUGAAGCCUGAUAACCUGCUUGUGGAAGAAGAGACCAAGGGCCAAACUGUUAGCGAUAUCGAGAAUGUGCAGAAACCUUCUGCUGAUUUAGAACCAGGAACAGCCAUGAAGCCUGAUAAUCUGCUUGUGGAAGAAGAGACCAAGGGCCGAACUGUCAGCGAUAUCGAGAAUGUGCAGAAACUUUCUGGUGAUUUAGAACCAGGAACAGCCAUGAAGCCUGAUAACUUGCUUGUGGAAGAAGAGACUAAGGGCCGAGUGGUUAGCGAUAUAGAGAAUGGGCAGAAACCUUCUGCUGAUUUAGAACCAGGAACAGCCAUGUGCAGAAACCUUCUGCUGAUUUAGAACCAGGAACAGCCAUGAAGCCUAGUGACUUGCUUCUAUAAGAAGAGACUAAGGGCCCAUUUGGGAUUCUUGUUGGAAAACUAUUUAUUUGAGAACCACUUUUAUAAAAUAGUUUUUCAGAAACGUGCUCUUGGGAAAAAAGCAAUUUGCUGUUUGGUAAAUUAUUUGAAUAGUGCAAUAUUGAUGCACCUUUGAUCCUCCUGAAAAUUCUACCUAUAUUUGACAUUGAUUUUGUCCACAAUUUAGUGUAUGGAUAGUCUCAUCGUCCUCCUUGUAUGUAGAAACAAUAACUCUACAUGAAAAGAAGAUUGCUAUUUUACUUUUCGGAUAACA